UUAAUCCUUACAUUUUUCUAUAAAAGUGUGGAUCGGAGGCAGUUGUAUUGUAUAGCCAGCAAAGCCAAAGCUUUAUUAUAACCUUAGUUUUUUCAGUAGACUUUUUCGUAAGACUCUUACAAAGUCUAAAAGGGUGCUGAUAUAGUUUUUAAGUUUUUACCACAUACUAUCAGGUGCAACAUAAGGGCCACGUAGCAAAUCAUGGCAGAGCAAUUGGAACUUGCACCCAUCAAUACUGGAGGAACAAGCUUCCUAAGAAGUUGCUUCAACGGAAUUAAUGCUUUGACAGGGAUUGGCCUAAUAACAAUUCCUUAUACACUUUCACAAGCCGGAUGGUUUGGCCUCUGCCUUCUUCUUGCAAUGGCAUUUACUACAUGCUAUACUGGCUUACUACUUCAACGAUGCUUGGAGUCAAAUCCAUCAAUUAAAACCUACCCUGACAUAGGCUAUCAUGCUUUUGGACGUAAAGGAAGAAUUAUUGUUUCAAUUUUCACGUAUCUAGAGCUCUAUCUAGUCCCAACAGGAAUUUUAAUACUAGAAGGCGAUCAUUUGUUCAAGUUAUUUCCAAAUGUUAGCAUGGAAGUAGCAGGAAUUUACAUUGGAGGAAAAGAAAUUUUUGUAAUAGGUUCAGGGCUUGUGAUUUUACCUACAAUGUGGUUAAAGGACUUGCGGUUGCUUUCAUUUGUAUCAGCGGGUGGUAUCUUGUCGUGUGCUAUUGUCAUCACCUCCAUUUUGUGGGUUGGUGCUGUUGAUGGAGUUGGGUUCUCUAGUAAAGGAAAGCUAUUUGAAUUGGCUGGAAUUCCAACUGCUAUGAGCUUGUAUGCCUUUUGCUAUGGUGCUCAUCCAGUGUUCCCAACCUUAUACUCUUCUAUGAAAGAUAAAAGCCAAUUUUCUAAGGUCUUGUUCAUCAGCUUCAGUCUUAGUACUCUCAGCUACAUAUUAAUGGCAGUCCUUGGUUACUUAAUGUUUGGCCAGGAUGUACUGCCUCAAGUGACAUUAAACCUACCCACAAGCCAAGUGAGUUCAAAGAUAGCAAUAUACACGACUUUAGUUGGUCCACUUGCCAAGUAUGCUCUAAUAGUUAUGCCUAUUGCAAAUGCUAUUGAAAGUCGAUUACCUCGAUACUACAAUAGCAAGCUCAUUUGCAUCUUCUUAAGAACACUGUUACUGGUUAGCACAAUCAUUGUUGCUCUGGUUUUUCCAUUUUUUGGGACACUAAUGGCACUUGUUGGGGCAAUUCUUAAUAUCACCGUUUCCAUUAUUCUUCCAUGCUUAUGUUUCCUGAAGAUUUCUGGAGGUUAUCAAAAGUGGGGUUUUGAAGUUUUGAUUAUUGUGGUAAUCAUGAUUAAUGCCGUUUCGAUUGGGGUUAUAGGCACAUACUUUUCUCUAAAAGAUGUAAUAAAAAAACUUUAGGAUUUAAUUUCUUUCUCAAAAGCUAGGACAUGUAAUGAGACAAAUGAUUAGAUGCAGGUAACUUGAGAAAAAAGAACCUCAUAUUUCUGUACUGAUGACAAACAGCCACUUGUUGGAAUUUCUACUUUGU